CGUUCAAAGUCUAAACAACGAUUUUUAUUCAGCUGCUUCCUCGUAGUGCUUUGAAGGCACUACUUUCAAGGCAUCUUUUAAUCCUUAAAGAUGUAUAAAAUUAUUGUGAUUCUAUCAAUAGUGUGCCUGAGCAGCGGCCUGGCAAGCCAAGAACUUACAGUUCGGCAAAAUCGCAGAAAAGAAGAUCUUGCGACGUACACCAUUGAAGGAGUGAUCCUGAAGCCCGAUAGAAGUAUGAAUCUGCCAGAGACUUGGUUUCGCGACAUAACACUUUCGAUCAACGGUGGCGAGAUCAAGGGAUUCGUGCGACUGGAUGGCCGCUUUCUGAUGUCCGGAGUGCCCAAUGGGAGUCACAUCCUGGAGGUGCAGCACCCGGACAUCUACUUUCAGCAAGUGAGGGUGGAGAUAACCGGAAAGGGAAAGUACCGGGCUCGCAAGGUCAACUACAUCCAGCCAUCGCUCAUCAACCAGGUGCCGUAUCCACUGCGCCUGCCGGCCCUUGCCCGGCGAAGUUAUUUCAAGAGUCGGGAGCAGUGGUGCUUUCUCGAUGUCAUUCUGAACCCCAUGGUGCUCCUCAUGGUGAUGCCGCUCCUUCUAAUGCUGGCCUUUUCCAUGCUUAUCAAAGACCCGGAGACGAAGAAGGAGCUCGAUAGCAUUCAAUUUCCGAAACUGAGCGAUAUGCCGGACUUCACCGGCGCCUUAUCCACCAUCCUCUCGGGAAAAAAGCGAUUGGAGGCGGAAGAAAUGGUGGUCCCAAAGAAGAGCCCUACCAAACGACAAAAAAAAUGAGUUCCCAAAAGAAGCCCUCACAUUCCACAUUUCCAGUUAAUUAAAGAGUUGCAUCUUGGCAUGUGGCAGCCCUAGCAAGGGCUCGUGUCUUCGGGUGUGGGCUUUCGUCCAGCCUCCAUGCCACCCCGAUCAGCCGGCAAGCCACAGUCUUUCAAGGAAUCCAAGGUGGCGCGUUUCUGUUUGCAUCC